AUGGUGGAUGGUAUAGUGUCGAGUGUGCAUGUGGUGGGAUUGCUGUGCAACCUCAUCCAUGGUAAAGAAAUUCCUCCUCACGCUACGCUGGUGUACAAACUCCUGCUGGUGGAUCUACACAAUCCUAAAGACGACAUCAGUGUGGAAGUUCAGACAGUUCCUGACAACUGCAGCCGUAAAUCCAUAGCGGGAGAUUACAUCCGCUACCACUACAAUGGCACCUUCCUCAACGGAGAAGCUUUUGAUAACAGCUAUAAGCGUAACAGUACAUACAACACGUACAUCGGCCAGGGUUACGUGAUCUCAGGGAUGGAUAAAGGACUGCAGGGGGUGUGUAUGGGCGAGAGGAGGAGGAUCACCAUGCCCCCUCAUCUUGCGUAUGGACAACAAGGAGCAGGUAAGGAAAUCCCCGGCUCAGCCGUGCUGGUGUUCGACAUUCACGUGAUCGACUUCCACAAUCCGAAAGACUCGGUGCAGGUGGACGUUGUGUCCAAACCCGAGGUGUGUAACGAGACGAGCGAGCUGAACGAUUUCAUCCAUUAUCACUACAACUGCACGCUGAUGGACGGCACGCUGCUCUUCACAUCGAGUGAUUACGCUGCUCCUCAGGACGUGGUUUUAGGAGGAGAUAAAGUGAUCGACGGGUUGGACGAAGGACUGAGGGGGAUGUGCUCGGGCGAAAAGAGGAUCGUCGUCGUGCCGCCGCACCUCGGACACGGAGAGAAAGGAGCGAAGAACGUUCCCGGCAGUGCUGUUCUGCGCUUCGAGCUGGAGCUCAUUUCCAUACAGAAGGGGGUUCCUGAAGGUUAUUUGUUCAUUUGGCUGGGUGAAACACCCACUGAGAUCUUCCAGUCCAUGGAUUUGAAUCAGGAUAAAGAAGUUCCACUGGAGGAGGUAAAAACUUUAGGAAUUCAGAACACACUUACAUGUUAA